CACAUUAAUAUUACCUUCUUAUUGGUAGAUUCCUCACCCUUCCCUUACCUUUGUCACGGUAGACAAGGGCAAGCCAAGGGUGAUGGGUCUGCGGAUUCAUACUCUAGUCUUCCAGCAAGCAGUGGAGCUCUCCUCGUCCUGUCUGUAAUUACGAUCCGAGCAGAGAUUCAUCCUGCUACAUGCUCACUUGCCAUACAUUCGACACACCCUUAAAGAGAGGAGCGGAAUGAUAGACUCAUGCUCUCAACUUUUCCAUGGCCCUCCUACCCUUCACUUUGGCUGCUAUCCUCUUACUGCUAUGCACUCCAUUUGUUUGUGCUUUACCGCCUCCCAAUUGUACUAGUACCUCUGCACUCGAUGUCACCGACUCUCCAUCCAGCAGUCACACCAGAACCUUGUGGAACAUCAUUUGGAGCUGCGCUGCGACCCUAUUCGCAUGCACAUGGAGCGGAAUCCAUCCAAACAUCCCGGGUAUGGACGAGGGAAGAAUAGUCAUUUUCUUUCGUCGCCUAUACAUCAUGGUUCUGGCCCUGAUCGCCCCAGAACUCAUGGUCACCUGGGCCGCAAUACAGUUUCUCAGUGCCCGUGGCACUGCAAAGGCCUUCAAUGAUGCCUUUAAUGCGCAACUUCACCAGACCGGCAGCGACCAUUCAAAUAUGGGAGAGAGCACAGCUACAUUGCUCAGUGAAUUUCCAACAUCAAAUGGGAAGAACAGUCCACAUCCGAGCGCUCCGCAUUUUGCAGGUCGCAAUUUCAGAGAGUGGACAAUGACACAUGGGUUUUUCGCGUGGAUGGGUGGAUUCAUACUUUACUGCGAUAACAAACCGCGAGCUACUCUUACACCCAAGGAACUUAUGGAGUUUGUUCACAAGGGAUACGUGGAUAUACCUGACAUCACGCAGGCAGAGAUAGAAGGCCGAAGUAAGGCUGACGCACUAUCCAAAGGCAUCGCCAUUCUGCAGCUGGCGUGGUUCGUCCUCCAGUUUAAUGCCCGUUGCAUCCAGAACCUUCCCAUAACCCUUUUCGAAAUUGACACCCUGGCUGUAGUCUCUCUGACCUCCAUUGCUUGUCUCUUGUGGUGGAAUAAACCUAAGGAUGUACGAUGUCCUUAUGCUGUUCAUUGGACCGGAAAUAGAGCAAACAUACCUCGGCCAUGCACGUUAACUUAUGAAAAAGCAAAUCCAGAAUUCUCCCUGGAUAGCUGGCAUCAUUAUCUGAUCAUUCUCAUUUACCCCUUGAGGAGUCUUAUGGGCACUGCCGUGACCAUUUCCCCCCGUUCUGUCCGAGAACGUCGGAUUCCAUAUUUAGGUGGCUAUGAUAAUGAUGAUCGUCAUGAUCGUAAUCAUGUCAUUACACUUUUCCUUGGAUGCUUCAGUGCCGUCAUAACUGGUGUACUACAUUGUCUGGGCUGGAGUUAUUUGUUUCAGGGGCACACGGAGCAGAUUCUCUGGCGUGUGACUUCCAUUGUGACAGCGUCCACAUCGAUACCCCUUCUCCUGAUAUUUGGUUGGGUCAUAUUGUUUGAUGUCACCCAAGACAGUUGGGUUGUGAGAUUUUCUGUAGUCACCGUCGCUUUCAUAUAUGUCACUACACGCAUUACAGUAAUUGUACUUAUAUCGUCAAGUUUACGAUCGUUACCACCUGGCAUAUACGAUACAGUAGCGUGGACCACAUUUGUUCCACAUUUUCGCUAGUUUCCUCUUACUUACAUUGUGAUCAUGAUUAUCCUCUUGCUGGAAUCAUUGCUUUGGAUAACGUUCU